UAUAAUAGAAAUUUAGUAUCACAAACAUUGAAGUUAAAGGGCAAGACCCAUGACAUAGACCAGUGAUCAUUAGGCAAAGCACACAUAUCCAUGUGAUGUAGCCCUUGGUAUAUGCUGUAUACACAGUGAUACAUAGAUCUGAUGAUGCUUUGUUAUGGGAUUUCUUAAAUGGCAAUAACCACAUAGUAAGAACUAAAGAAAUGUAUUUAGUAUUUUUCAAAUACUAAAAAAUUAAGAGGAAAAAUAUCCCAGGUUUCUCUGUGUUUAUAUGUGUAUGGCAAGAACACAGUUUAGAAAAUGCUCCUUUGUAGUAUCUCACACCUAAUUUUGUCAUAAAUAACUCAGGAAAUGAUAACUACCAUCCUUUCGGUCACCAGCGGCAGGGGAAAACCUAUCCUUGACUCCUCUUCCAAACCCUUAUCCAGUGUGUCCCCAAUUCCUGUCAAAUCUCUCAUCUUUAUCUUUGGCUCCCAUAGCUUAGGCCCUCUCGCCCAAGUGGUUGCCAUAGACCCUUCCUCUGCCUUCUCCAUACCCGUUCCUGAGUGGGCAGAUGGACCCUCCAGCCAUUCUCAUGGCUGUGGGGCUCAAUGCAAACUCUGCAAUACAAUCUUUCAGACCCUUGGCCUCCUCUCCCUCUGUGGGUGCCUCCUUUCUCACUAUUCCUGAACUAUGCCCCAGGCUCUGGCCUAUUUUUUGUUGUUGUUGUUUGUGUUGUUUGUUUUUUUUUUUGGUUUUUGGCUUUUUUUUUAAAAACAUGGGUUCAUAUCAGAAGCAUUUGGAGGCACUUAUUGAAGUCUCUCCCACAGAGAUUCUGACUCAGGAAGUCUGUUGUGGGGUCCCUGCUCCAUGGCUGAUUCUGAGCCAGAGGGGACAACCACGAGUCUGGCCUCCCUAAACCACCCGCUCCCCGCCUCAGUGCAGUCCUCCCACUGUUGUCUUUCCCUGAAUAACCUGAUGUGACAUCUUCACCCACUCAUUCUUACCAGACUCUUGCUGACGUGUCUUCUCCCGGCAGGCAGCUCUCCCUGGUCUUAGUUGUCUCUGUGUCUGCUACCAUGCCUGCUUCCCUCUAUCCUUGGAUUUAUCACAUGGCAUUUGCAGGUUUACUCUAAGGAGUCUUUGAGGACAGAGCUUUUAAUCCUGAGAAUCCUGUUCAGUAAGCUGCCUAGCAUGUAACUCAAGUAUUUGUUGAAAUAAUGGGUGAAGGAAUUCAUUCUCUUUUCUUGGUACUGUCUUAGAACUUGUGACUUACAGGCAGGAAUUCUUUGUACAUUCGCUCUGGCCAUUCUCCAUGACACUUUCCUAACAUUUUCACCAUCAUUUAAAAUGUGUAGUAUCAACCAAGAUGAUCCUGGGCUAACCCAUUCUGUAAUAAAAAACAAGUGCUUUGGAAUUGGGCAACCCUAGGUUCAUGUCUCGACUUUGCUAUUUACCAGGUUGAGGCCAUGGGUAAAUUAAAUUACUUAACUUUUAAAAAUCUCAGUUUCCUCAUCAGUAAAAUGGGGAUGAUAAUACCUCAUAGUAUUAUUGUCAAGCCCCAGUAAAAUAGUAUUUGUAAAGUGCCCGGCCCAUAGUAGGUGUUUAUUAAGUGCAAAUUCCCUUUUGGGGAGACCCCAUGGCAUAGUAAAACUCAGUACUUUCGUUGCAGAGUCUGGUUCUGCUGCUUACAGGCUGUGUAUCUUUGGUUAACUUAUGUAUCUCAGGAGCUUCAUUUGGAAAUAGGCAUAAUUAUGAUUGUUCUUUUGGAAUUAUUAGGGAAAUUAUAUAAAACAUAUGUAAAAUGUCCAGCUAGUGUUGGCAUCUAGUAGAUACUCAAUAAAAUGGUGAUGAUGAUGAUUAUUAUUCUGCAGUGUUUUUCCUGCUUUCCAUGAUCCAGAUUUUAUUAUCCGUGAUACUGACCCUAACAUUAUUUCUAAAGGUUCAGUUGAUUUCAGUGAUUCUUAAAUUUUCUAUUUCCUAUCCUGAAAAUAUCCUAAAUCAUCUAUAAUGUAUUGUUUAUCUGGUAGCUCCCUUUUAGUCAUUUUUCUUUAUAGAACUAUACUCUCUGGUGACUUGUCUUUGAAAACCUGCAUUAUUAUUCUAAGCCAAUUUUUUUCCCCUGUGUAACAUUAGCAUUGUCUAUCUCUGGAGUCCCCUGAAGAAUCAGAAUUCAGAAGGAAUCUCUUAGACAAGGGAAUCCAUUGCCUUCCUGACUCAACUGGGCAGCAUUUUCAGACGGUCUCUGCCCAGAAUGUCAGGAAAAGCUGCAGGCCUGGCCUCCCAUGCUCCAAAAGAACAAGAAGGACUUAUAAUUGUGAAGGUUGAAGAAGAGAAUUAUGUUUGGGGGCAGGACCAUGGCCUUCAGGGAAACACCUGUAGCCUGGAGACCUUCCGCCAGCGUUUCAGGCAGUUUGGCUACUCUGAUUCUGCUGGGCCCCGGGAGGCCCUGAGCCAGCUCUGGGAGCUUUGCCAUCAGUGGCUGAGGCCAGAGGUGAACACCAAGGAGCAGAUCCUGGAGCUGCUGGUGCUGGAGCAGUUCCUGGCCAUCCUGCCUGACGAGCUGCAGGCCUGGCUGCGAGAGCACCGGCCCGAGAGUGGAGAGGAGGCCGUCACUCUGCUGGAGGAGCUGGAGAAGGAGCUUGAUGAGCCAAGGCAACAGGACACGGUUCAUGGCCAAGGAAUGAUCUGGAAGGAAAUGACUUCCAUAGGAGCACUGAAAUCUCUGAGUAUACAGCUCCAGCCUUUGGAGAACCAGUGCAAGAGUGAGACUCAGGAGUGCCAGACUUCCCAUGAGAGAGAUGGCAAGCUGGCAAGUGACAAGGUAUUAACAACAAAACAAGAAAUUAUUGAAUGUGUAGCGUCAGCGGCCAUGAUAUCCCCAGGAAGACUUCCUGGGGAAACUCCUUCACAACAGGUAGUUGGAGAAGCUUUGGGAAGUCUGGACAACUUUGAGAAGCCAAAAGGAACUGCUGCAAGGAGCGAAAUGAGUCCAUUUCCUUCCCAGGAAAGACAUCUUAGUCUGGCAACCUUCAACAAGAAAAUCUCCACUGAAGAGUGUGUCCUUGAAUGUAACCAGAGUGAAAGGGCUCUCAGUGUGAACUCAAAUGUCUUCACACGACAGAGAGUUCAUGCUGGAGGAAAGGUCUACGAGUGCUUGGACUGUGGGAAAGCCUUUUGCCAGAGCUCGAAGCUGAUUAGACAUCAGAGAAUUCACACUGGAGAGAGGCCUUAUGGAUGUAAAGAGUGUGGCAAAGCUUUCAGUUUGAGCUCGGACCUUGUUAGACAUCAGAGGAUUCAUAGUGGUGAAAAACCCUAUGAAUGUUGUGAAUGUGGUAAAGCUUUCAGGGGCAGCUCAGAGCUCAUUAGACAUAGGAGAAUUCACACCGGAGAAAAACCGUAUGAAUGUGGUGAAUGUGGGAAAGCCUUCAGCCGGAGCUCAGCCCUCAUUCAGCACAAGAAAAUUCACACUGGAGACAAAGGCUAUGAGUGUACUGAAUGUGGUAAGGCUUUUGGUAGAAGCUCUGUCCUUAUUGAACAUCAAAGAAUUCACACUGGAGAAAAACCUUAUGAAUGUAACGAAUGUGGAAAAUCCUUCAAUCAGAGCUCAGCCCUCACGCAGCACCAGCGAAUCCACACUGGGGAGAAGCCUUAUGAAUGUAGUGAAUGUCAGAAAACAUUUAGGCACAGGUCAGGCCUUAUGCAACACCAGAGAACUCACACAAGAGUUUAACUCUUGAGUAAGGAUUAUACAAUUGUGUAAUACCAGGGAUUUGGUGAGGUUCCCACCAAAGUGAGAAGUCUCCUGAGAGCAGAGUUUCUGUCCUUCCAGUCUAAGUCAGUACAUGCUGUAUAAGGAGAUCCACACAAAGAUGGUUGUUGAUGUGCUGAAUGGGCACCUUCACAGUAAAGCCAGGUCUGGGGUAAAGAUCCUGAAAGAGCUCCUUAUAAGAUGGGCUGAGAGGUGGUGCCUCCAAUGGCAAGGAUCUCUGUGCAGCAAGAAGAGCGUGCAUUUGGCAGCUGGAGGCAUGUGCUGAGAGUCACUCAGUUCUCUAUUCAAUUGUUAGGCUGUGAAAUGUUGAAUCAUGCCCUGGAUCAAUUUAUAGUUCAUUCUGCCCCCUUGCCAGUUCUCUUCUCGACCCCGAGCUUCCUGAGGUCAGUUUGUUUAUUGUGUACCUGCUAUGUGCCAGCCAUCGGGGCAGACAUAGCAUUGCCCUCCCAGAGUUAAGAACUAAUGGGAUACAGAUAUUAUACAUAUGUAUGUAUGUAUAUAUAUAUAUAUAUAUGGCAAGUAAUUACAGUAAAGAGUGGUAAGUGCUUUGGUGGAAUAAUCUAGGAUUCUGUCAAAAUACAUGGCAGGGCACCUAACCUGGUCUGCAAGUUAUUGAAAUCUUCCUCAAUGUGAUGAAAUCUCUGUUGGGAAAUAAAAGGUGGGUAUAAGCCGGGUCAAGGUGAGAGGGAAGAAAACAUUACAGACAGGUUAUGGCACAUACGAAGGCAUGGAGGGAGGAUCUAGAGAUGUCUCUUCACGAGGACUUCUCUAGCAGGAAAGUGUUCAUGUAGACCCUGGUUUGGAAGCUAGGACAUGUGUUGGUUCCUCACUUCCUGUUCAUAAUCAGUGAGUUGGGUAGCUUAUCCCAGACCCAGAGUUACCUAAAGACCUUGAGGGACUCAGGACAGUUAGUGUGAUGGUAGACUUUGCUGCAUUGUAUGGAAAAAGGCAUGUAGGUACACCAAAGAAAGAAAAAAUGUUGGAGGCUAGAGGGACAGCGUCGGUGUCCCAUAACCCUAGGGCUCAGGAAAUGGGAAGCUGACAGGAGCCUGAGAGUGGGAGGUAUGCCUUCCCAGGAUUCACUAUUCCUCAUUUCCUGUCUUCUCCUUACAUCAGGCUGGAAGAUACUAAGCUACUUGAAGGCAAUGAGUACUUAUUGAAUUGCCUCCUUAGAUUCCUUAAAACUCUGUUUCUCUGUUAAUUUUUAUUUUGGCAGUUUUAAUUAGCCCACCAUUAACUGCUGAAGGCAAUUAAUAUGUAAGAGAAGGUUUGAUUUCUCUUCUAAGAUAUCCUGAUUUCCCUUCCAGAUACUGUCUCUUCUGAAGACUUGGUGAUCAAAGCUUUUGUGGGUAAUAGGGAGGUGAAAUUGGGCCAGGGUGGGGUAGGGGGGCAGUAUUUGUAUCCACAGGUUGGACGAUUUUCAUUGAGAGAGGUCAGUCAGAAUUCUGGAGAGACCCUUCAAAUGGAUGGAGUUGCUUUUCCUCUAGGUGACAAUCAGAUGAUUUCAUGUUUUAAAUUUUAUUUAAUAGUUUUUUUCUAGAUUGUGAAUUAAUUGUAAAUGUUGAUAAUCUAGAAAAUGAGAGGGGUGCCUGGGUGGCUCAGUGGGUU